AGCCUCUUGCUUUGGGGGUAGUCGCCCCCCGGGGCGGGGGGGUGGGGUGGGUGAGAUCUGGAAGGAUCUGAGGAGCGAACGCGGCGUGCAGGGAAAAUGCCCCGCUGGAGUUCUAGAACCUCAGAUCGCCUGGCAACCCGGGCGGCGGAAACUCCCCAGACACCAAGGGUUUUCUAGCGGCCGGUCGCGGCGCUGCCCCGGGUCCCCCCUCUUUCCAACCUUCCUCUCCGACUCCCCGCCCCCCCUCCGUGGACUGUCAUAGGAGUUCCUUCCAUCUCCCCGUCUCCUCUCCCGCCGAGUAGCUCAAGAUUGAUUGCAGCCUAUCUGCCAGGGGGAUGGCGUCCAGCGCUACCAGGACUGAGCAGUUAAAGGGCAACCAGCCACCCCAGGCUGCACCAUCGUUGGGUCCCAAGGCUACCUUGUCCCGCUCUGAGGAGUUCCUGACCCGGAUCAGCACAGAACUCACCAAUGAGGCCUUGUUUAUCGCCGGCUACCACCUCAACCCUGUCUCCCCCAAGGAGAAACAGACGCAGGAUCGAGGGACUCAGAUAUCCAGACACGCUGCGACCGAAACCGGACCCGCACCAAGGCACACCUCUUGCCAUCCCCUCGUGAGAAGGGAGCUCUGCCUAGCAAUCUGACAUCUGGAGCAUGAUGCCAACACUCUGUGGUGCUGCCCUCGGCCUCUCGCCCCCAACCCUGUUCUGCCACAGUACCCCUCCGAGCCACUCUUUCUCUGCUCACUCAACACUUUGGUCUGGGCCAGGGGGCUCCUGGUCAGGAGCAGCAUCACCCCCAGAGCCUCCAGAGUCGUCUGGAACAUCAUACACUUCCCCACCCACGGCUGGCAAGGACUCCAUCAGCCACCAAAGGUUUUAAUAAAGAGAGAGAUCUUCCCCUC